GAUCACUUGAAUAGAUAUACAGGAAAAAUUAACAACUGUAAACGAUGAAUUUUAUUUUGCACCCCACACCAUGAUAUUGAAUGACCAUUUUGUGUAACACAAUUCUGGUACUUGUUCUCCCUAUCAGAUUGAACUUGUUUUUAACCAAACUGGUUGAAGUAAUAUCGUGAAUUAAAAUAUCAUCCCAUGGGCAUUAGUCCCAGUUAUGUCACUAAUGGGCCCCACAUGCAAUGUGCAUUAAAAUACUUGUUUUUACACUUGAAAACAAGUUAGAAAUUUGUGCAUAUUUAAGUGUCAGCCCAGUUUAAUUUUUCAUGCUUCAUACCAACAUGCAGUACUGCAUGUAUGCUUGUUAAAUGUAUGUGAAUAAUUGGCUUGGAAACAACACAAUCAUAUCUGCUCUGUUAGGUUAAGAUAAUAUGAGCACAAAUGCACAUUCUUACAAAUAAGCUGCCCUAAAAUACAAAGUGGAAAAAUAAAUGUAGUGUGAAAUGUUAUGUAAAACACAGGCACAGCAUAAUUAGCAAAGGACAGUAGAAAUGCCAUUUGUUAAGACCUGAAUGGUAACAGUCAAUUAAUUUCUCACAACGGGAAACGGCAAAGUAGUUAACAAAGGAACGUCAUCUGUCAACUACAGUGUGAAGACUAGACAAAGAAUCACAAAACUGAAGCAAUUCAUGGAGUAUAAUUCAUGAAUUAAAAACAUACACAACAGUAGAGGUGACUGUUGGAUUCAGAUAUUUUUGGAAACUCUUCGAAGAAGGAAUAGCCUUCCCUUCUCACAAAAAUUGAAGUUUUGUGGAUGUGGAGUCAGGUCGUCAGCCCUCUCCCAGGAAGCCCUCCGGCACUGGGAGUUGUGUGCGCAGCAUGCCGUUCGUCUCUUGGCAGCGCACCUCUCUGGAACCAGGAACGUAUUGGAAAAUCACUUGCAGAGUCUUCUCGUCUUGCCACAAAUGGUCACUCCACCCCGAGGUGGUCGACGAGAUCUUCCGAAAGUGAUACAAUUAAUGAACAGAGAAGAGCAUCUAAAGAUAAAAAUUCAUUUCCUGAGGCAGGACCUACAUAUAGUCAACCUGUUCAGCCAAAUACAGAAAAACAUUCACAUUUGACUGUAGUGGGUGCUGAGGAGGGAAAUGAAACAAGUCAACAUUUGGAAAGCAAUCAUUUCAUGUCAGAGUUCCUCAAUGAUGUACCCUUCACCCUAGCACCCCAUGUGCUAGCAGUACAGGACAUCUCUAAUGGCCUUCCAGACCAGUUGCUCUCCUACAACAUCAGUGAUAAUUUAUCAAGAUUUUGUGACCUCUCGUCCCCCUGCUGCUUCCUCAUGGAGCCUCUGUUCUGCAGCAAACCACGCCCAGAGAUGCUGGCCAUCUACUUACCAACCCUACAUUGGAAUUAUCUAUCUUCACUAGGUGUGAUGAAGGACAAGACUUCUUCUGGUACAGACAUCUUCCAUGGAUCUCAACUAUGCUUCUUGCCCCAGUCAUUCCUCUAUUCUCUUAAACCAUUAGUAGAUGGCUGCUCAGCUCUGCCAGUAUUCUCAUGUUCUGCAUGCUGCCUCCAUCCUCCUUUUCUACUUCUCAAAGCUUUUCGGGACCCACGGGCACCUUCACAGAAGACUGCAUAUGCAUCUAAUUUUGCCUUUCCCUUGUAGGCCUACUCCCCGCUGGCUUGCUUCUUGAUCCUAUCAAUUAUAUCUGUUGGUGGCUCCCAAGGGACUGGGAUGCCACCAACUACUAGAGGAUAAAAAACAUGGAAAACAAAAAUACAACUGACAAAGUUUUUCCAAUAUUUUGUCCCUAUCAGCCUGUUUCUGAGCAAGUAAUAGAAAUACAGAGGCUUCUGUACAUAGAAAAGCCAAAAUUAUUAAAUGGAAAAGCCAAGUGCUAUUCUAGCCAAGAAAGGACACUAAUUACCAAAUUAAAGGGGUCCAGUGUCUAAGGCACAGAUGUGCACACAAGGCUGCAGAAACCAUGGUUUAUAAGUAUGGGAGGAGGUUUUGUGUGUGUGUGUGUGUGUGUGUGUGUGUGUGUUUUGUUAAAUCCUAAGGCUGGUGAAAAUAAUAGGAGAAUUAAAUGAGUUACAGGGCUUUGUUUAAAAGGCAUUUUUAUAAAACAAAAUAACAGUAAUAUCCAGGCACAUAAACAUGAGAGCUUUAAAUAUUGCUGCUGUCAAUAACUACCCCCCUCUUCUUCCUGCCCCCAAAAAGAAAAAAAGCAGCAACCAAGUAAAUGUGUCAGUGAGGAAUAAAAGUGAAAAAUAGUUUGUAAAGUGAAGUCAAGUGGAAAAUUACCAUGAGAAAUAUAUAAAAAAAUGUGUUCAAUAAUCUGGUUUAAGAUAUCAAAAAGUCUAUUGACCUUCAAAUGAUGCUUUCCUAAAUAAGAAUAAUAGGUUAUAAAAUGUGCAAGGCUGGAUAAGAUUAAAGAAAUCUGAAAUGUUACAUGUUACACAUUUAGAUAUUAAACCACAUGCAAGAUAGGGCUUUAGAAUGUAGGUUCAAUUCCUACUUUUUAUAAAGUUUUGUCAGUAUAGCUUCCUCUAGUCAAACAAUUUAUUCUUUCAAAGCUGAUAUUUUUUCCCCAAAAUAUUUAAUUUUUUUAACACUGCCAGUAAAUUUAUAUGCUGACAUUUUGUUGAGGUUGUUGAAAUGUACUGCUAAAGAUCAUGUUUGUGUUUCUAUAGUGUAUUGAUCGUUUUACACUCUUAAUUUUUUCCAUUUACAGGCUUAGUCACAUGGGUCUUUAAGCAAAUUAACAUAAAUUAAUAUAAAUCUUAAUCAGAAAGAAUGAUCUAUGGAGAUGAAUAAAGGUAGUAGUAUGAAUUAUUACACUGUUUACAGAGAUCACAUCUAAAAGCAAGAUUGAACUAAUAGGAGUGUACCUAGAGAAAACAACUGUAACACUAUGUAGAUUGAGAAACUAAAUCCUUCCUCUUACCAGCUACUAGACUUAAUACACAACCAUUAUAAUAGACCUUACUCAAAAUUCAUGAAGCUGCUAAACCAGAGGAAGAUUAUUGGUCUUGGUAACACAAUGUAACAGCAUCAGACUGAGGAGGCAGUCUCCAAGGAAAGGAAAGCAUAGGAAUCUCUGAAGGAGGUGUAAGGCAGUGAUGGGUCAUGUUGUAUUUACCUUCUAUCUCCACAACUGGUAGGGUUCAGAGGCCUGAGAACAGUAUUCUUUUUUUCUCUCUCCUCAGAUGAGGGGUUUGGAAGCACGGGUGCCAUUGCUUCAUGUUCUGAUUCUCUAAACCAAUUCACCUGUCAUUUCUAGUGUUCCUUUUUGCUCAUCAACAACAAAACUUUAAUUAACUACCAAAGCUAAAUGCUGUUUUCAUUUUCAACCUGUGCAACCCCACUGAAAACAAAGGAGUGGCACAGGUAUAAUUGAGUUGGAAUUUAAGACACUACAUUGCACAGGUGUAACUGAUGACCUAAUUUGCUAUAUUAAAUAUAAGAAAUUCUGUUCUAUAAUCUAUACCUGCCUCUUAGGGCACGUCUGCAAUUGAACUGGGAUGCGCUUCCCAGCUUGCAUAGAUAUAUGCAUGCUAUCUCUGCUCAAGCUAGCGCCUAAAAAUAGUAGUGUGUUGACGGCAGCAUGGGUGGCAGCUCAAGUACAUACCGAGGGGGUUGGACGGUAUUGUACUUGGGGCAGCUGCCUAUGCUAUCACCGACACACUAUUUUUAGGUGCUAGCUUGAGCAGAGCUAGCACAGGUAUGUACAUGAGCUGGGAAUCACAACUCCCAGUUCAAAUGUAGACAUACUCUUAAAGUUUGCAGAAAAGGGGCUUUAGCUUAUGGAUGAGGGAAGUUUCCUGCUGGUCUUGAUAAAGGAUUAAAUAGGGAAUCACCAUCCUGAUCUUGGAAAAGUGACUCAAGUCUUCAUUUGAGCAAUCAUCUGAGAGACAAGGUGGAUGAGGUGAUAUCUUUUAUGCAAGCAAUAUCUGUUGGUGACAGAGAUAAGCUUU